CGGAAUCUCUGUAUUACAGGAACGUUUGCUAUGGUAGUUGCAAAAGUUGGUUCUUUUUCUCAAAUAGAAAACAAGUCCGUUGAAUUAUUUCCCUUAUCUUAUAUACGUGUGACCUAUGAUACACUUUGUUAAAAGGUCGCUACGUUUAUUGUCAUUUGAAAACAUAUCUCGUUGGUGACAUUUGUAUUUGCAACAUCCUCAUUUCUUUGUUAAUGUAAUUUAUAUAAAAUGAAUAAAGUUUUUAUAAUAUUGUUGGUUACUUCGCAUUUAGUGGUUUGUUAUGGAGAAGAUGCUGAUUUUGAAGGCGGCAGUUGUACUACUUACACGAAUCAGCCCGGUAUUUGCAAAUAUUUAUCCGAUUGUCAAUACGCGAUAAAUCGACUCAAGCUAAAGAAAAAGAUUAAGGAUUGUAAACGUGAUAUUGGUAUGAAAAGAAUUGUGUGCUGCGAACAAGCAACAGCAACAGUAACGCCAACAGAACCUCCAGAGCCAAUAACCGAUGAAGUGUUUGUAAGAUUAUACAAAGAGGGGCGAUUGAAGAACGACGAUAUCGAUUGUCGGUUUAAUGGUACAUUACCUAUAAAAUGUUGCCGCAUUGUACACGACUUCACCACCCUAAGAUUCAACGAGCCAUCUCGAUGUCCCGAAUUAGAGAAGCCCUACGCAAGAAGUGACCUGACACCUCACCAAUUGGUCAUAUACGAUGCAUGCUACGCAUACUCAAAACUGGGAAGUAAAUGUAUACUGAACGAAAUGUACACAGACUUCUACCAACGUGAUGAUUGUCAGAGGUUUAAAAGCACACCGAAGAUAUCAGAUGGCGACCCAGCUAAGUCAAAGGAAUUCCCACACAUGGCAGUUAUUGGCGGGAAGAAGAAACUAGCCAAGAACAUCGAAUGGUUUGGCGGCGGCUCUUUGAUAAGUGAAUAUUUCAUUCUAACUGCAGCUCACGCUUUGGUUAGCCGGGACAUUGGCCCUGUCAAAUACGCCUUAUUGGGGACUCUAUAUAAAAACGACACUCGCAGCGGCAAACUCUACUACAUAGUGCGAAGGAUACCAUAUCCUGAAUAUGACGCUAAGUCGAAGAGAAACGACAUUGCCCUCAUUAAGCUGCAUACACGCGUUACGUUCUCAGAUUUCAUCCGACCUGCGUGCCUCACAUUCCCCGGCUCGAAGGAAAGCGAAAUGAACGCUACAGUUGUCGCUGGGUGGGGCAGAAUGGGCUACAGGAAUGAUACAAGCGAUAUUUUACUAAAGGCCAUCAUACACCAGGAGUAUGACCACAGCCAGUGUUCCACUAAUUUGCACGGACAUUUUUUUAAAUGGGACAGUAUAACUAUGAUAUGCGCGAAAUCUAAAGGGGUACGCCGCGCCCAGGACACAUGUGAGGGUGACAGCGGUGGUCCUAUGAUGACGAUGAGCAACCGGUAUGUACCGUGCUCGUAUUUUGUCGCCGGCAUCGUCGCUUGGGGACCAAAGUGUGGAGAACAAAUGUACGGAUCUUACACGAACUCUUCGUAUGUCAAGUAUCAAGAAUGGGUGGUCCAAAACGUGUGGCCUCUGCAACUUAAUGCUAGAAAUAUUAUUCUCUCUUAAUCGAACGACAGACGACAGACUACACAAGCCGCUUGCUUAGAGCCAGCGCACACAUGUCUAUGUCAUAACUUUAUAUUUUUAUGGGAUUAUUUUUCCCCAAUUUUGCGGUUGCACUUUGUGAAUUAAUCUUAGAAUACGUAUUUGUUAAUUAAUAUAAUUUUAUAAGGCAACUAUAAUUACAAUAAAUUAAGUUUUACUA